AUGGAGGAGUACAAGGCCAAGUAUGCCAUUCACGAGGCCUGUCGCGAGGGUCAGAUAUCCAGAGUCGAAUCCCUCCUAGCCGCCAAUCCCAAGCUCGCCAAUCUGCGCGACCCUGACGAUCGUCUCCCCAUACACUGGGCCGUCUCGUACAACCAUGUUCCCAUUGUGCAAAUCCUCGUGCAGAUGCCAUCAUUCGACCCAGAUGUGGCCGAUGGCUCAGGCUGGACGCCACUGAUGAUGGCCUGUUCACGGAAAGAGGCAGAGCAGAUUGUCGACCUCCUUCUGAGCAAGGAGGCAGAUGUCAACGCGAAGAACAACAACGGCCAGACCGCCCUUCACUUCUGCGCCUCCAAGAUCAACCUCGACAUCGCACGCACGCUGCUGGCCCAGAAGCCAGCAGCAUCAGCGCGGAUCAAGGACAAGCGUGGGCAGCUGCCAUUACAUAGAGCGGCAUCUGUAGGAAGCGUGCCGAUGAUGAAGGCAUUGCUUGACGCAAAGAGCCCACUGGAUGCUACCGACAUGGACGGCAUGACGGCGUUGCACCACGCCAUGAGCGAGGGUCACGGAGAUGCCGCCCUCUUGUUGUUGACCAAGGGCGCAGACUUUUGCAAAAAGGACAAGGACGGCCAUGUACCGCUAGAGCUGGCAGCAGAUGCAAAGACGAGGAAGUUUAUUGUGCAAGCUGCUGAGAGAGAGGGCAUUGAUCUUGAGUAG